AGGGUGCACUGCAAACUGCCGUAAAAGACCAAGGAAGAAGACUUGGGGUCAGACGGUAAUCUCGCCGAUUCCCGCGAUAUUGUUUCUGUAUAAAUAGAAGCGUCAUCCCUUACGUAGAUCUCUUUCAAUCGGACUGGACACAAGAUGUCUCACCGUAAAUUUUCGGCUCCCCGCCACGGGUCCCUGGGCUUCUUGCCCCGCAAGAGGAGUCGUCGUCAUCGUGGUAAGGCGAAGAGCUUCCCCAAGGAUGACCCCACCAAGCCCGUGCACCUGACGGCCUUCCUGGGCUACAAGGCCGGCAUGACCCACAUCGUCCGCGAGGUCGACCGACCUGGCUCAAAGGUGAACAAGAAGGAAGUGGUUGAGGCUGUGACCAUUCUUGAGACCCCUCCCAUGAUUGUGGUUGGAGUUGUUGGUUACGUCAGCACACCCCGUGGCCUGCGUUCCUUCAAGACUAUCUUCGCUGAGCACGUCAGUGAAGAGUGCAAGCGCCGAUUCUACAGGAACUGGUACAAGUCCAAGAAGAAGGCCUUCACCAAAUACUGCAAGAAAUGGCAGGAUGAUGAUGGCAAGAAGCAGCUGGAGAAGGACUUUGGUUCCAUGAAGAAGUACUGCCAGGUUAUCCGCAUCAUUGCGCACACACAGAUGCGCCUGCUGCCCAUUGCGCAGAAGAAGUCUCAUCUGAUGGAGGUGCAGCUGAACGGAGGCAGCAUCUCUGACAAGGUGGACUGGGCCCGUGAGAAGCUGGAACAGGCCGUGCCUGUUAACAACGUCUUCACCCAGGACGAGAUGAUCGAUGUUAUUGGCAUCACCAAGGGUCACGGAUACAAGGGUGUCACCAGCCGUUGGGGCACAAAGAAGCUUCCUCGCAAGACCCAUCGUGGUCUGCGUAAGGUUGCCUGUAUUGGUGCCUGGCAUCCUUCCCGUGUUGCCUUCUCUGUGGCCCGUGCUGGUCAGAAGGGUUACCACCACCGAACAGAGAUCAACAAGAAGAUCUACAAGAUUGGCCAGGGCUUCCACACCAAGGAUGGCAAGCUGGUGAAGAACAAUGCUUCCACAGAGUACGAUCUGUCAAACAAGAGCAUCAACCCUCUGGGUGGAUUUGUCCACUAUGGAGAUGUGACCAAUGACUUCAUCAUGGUUAAAGGCUGUGUUGUGGGAGUCAAGAAGAGGGUGCUGACUCUGCGCAAGUCUCUGCUUGUGCAGACCAACCGUCGUGCCAUGGAGAAGAUCGACCUGAAGUUCAUCGACACCACUUCCAAGUUUGGCCACGGCCGCUUCCAGACCAUGGAGGAGAAGAAGGCGUUCAUGGGACCACUCAAGAAGGACCGUAUCACCAAGGAAGAGACUGCUUGAAGUCCUCUACCGUCUGUGCUGCUUUGACUGUCGCAAUCAUUCCUGUACUGCAGCUAUUUAAUAAAAAAACAAACUCAAA